AAACAACGAAAAAAAAAUGUAUUGUUGAUAUGUCAAAAAACUGUCAAAAAACUAAAAAAAAAAGCGUGUGUUGGUUUUAAACAUUUUUAUUUUAUCAUCUCUCAAGUUAUUCGAAUAAUAAUGAAAAAGUUUUUCGUUGUCAAUAGUUGGGGUAAAGGCGAAAGCCCUAUACAAUUUGCAUCUGUCCCCAAGCAACAAAAAAGCGACACAUCUGCAAGCAAAAAAGCAAAAAAAAAGAAAAAAGAUGCCUUGAAAGAUUCCUCCACUCUUUCAUCCCAAAAAUUUCCCUUAGCACCACCGCCAUCACCACCAUCGUCUGAACCAAAUCCGGCCAAAAAAUCUAAAUCAAUUCUUCACGGCCGGGUUACUAAAGCUUACAAGAAGAAACUUAAAUCAAAAAAUGAAUUGUCCCAAAAACUCGAAACCACUACGACCAAAGCCACACAGUCUUCCAAUUUCGAAUCUAAACUAAAAGAGAACCUAAUGGGAGGUCGUUUUCGUUUUAUAAAUGAACAACUUUAUACAAUGAGCAGCAAGUCUGCCAAUAAUCUAUUCAAAGAAGACAAAUCCGCAUUUGAAGCUUACCACGAAGGGUAUCGACACCAAGUUGAGAAAUGGCCAUUAAAUCCAUUAAACAGAGUCAUUAAAUCCAUCAAAAAACUUCCCAAAGACUCAGUGAUUGGGGACUUUGGCUGUGGAGAGGGAAUGUUGGCACAAUCCAUUCCUAACAAGGUGUUUUCGAUUGACUUGGUAGCCUGUCGGAAGGAUAUCAUUGCAUCCGACAUGGCCAACACUCCACUCGAGAAUCAGUGUCUGAACGUUGCUGUUUAUUGCUUAUCACUUAUGGGAACAAACUUAAAUGAUUACUUGCUAGAGGCUAAUCGUUGCUUAAAAAUGGGCGGUUUAGUGUUUGUUGCAGAGAUAGAGUCUCGCUUCGAUGAUGUGAGGCACUUUAUUAGAACAUUCGACAACUGCGGAUUUAGUUUGGUGAAAAAAGAUUCUUCGGCGAAAUUAUUCCUUUUCUUUCAAUUUAAAAAAGUUAAGAAUGUGGGUAAAGAUGCCAAGUUAACUCCGUUCUCUUUAAAACCUUGUAUCUAUAGAAAAAGAUAAGGCGCUAAUGAAAAAGGAUAAUUUUUAAAAAUUUAUUUUACCAUUCGUUUACAAUUUUCUAUUUCAACAAUAAAUAGUUAAUAAAAAACUUAA